AUGGAAGGUCACAUGGGAGUUUCUCCUGAGGUACUGGGGUUCCUGACAGCCAUUGGGCUCUUCAUCAUCCUCAUGACCUUCCUCUUCUGGUACCUCAACAACAAACUGGUACUAGAGAACCCAGGGAGCCUUCAGUGCCUUGAUGAGUUCAGGAAAAACACGGAGCUGCAAGCAGACAAGGCCUCCACUGAUGCCGACCUGCAAGACUCCUCUUCGGACAGCGAGGAAGAGCUGAUGGGUCAGUAUCAGGAAGCGGUCAGUCGCUCCCAGGGCCUUCUUGGGGGAGCCAAGGCAACCUGUAAUGCCAAACACCUGGGAGGGUUCAGGUGGGAGAGCCGGCAGAAGUACAGCCCUCUGGCUGCAGAAUAUGACGGAUACAGCAGCGAGGACUCAGCAGAUGAUGCAAACUGCAUCCAGAGGAUGAGGAGAACGCCACCCCUGGAUGAGCUUCAGCCACCUCCCUAUCAAGAUGAGAACGGCUCUCCGAGGAUGUCCUGCACCCUGUCAGACCUCGGCGAUGCCAAAUGUGAUCUCUCCCAAACCAGCGGCAGCCCACACCUGUCCUUUGGAAAGUGUCUCAGUGAGGCCAGUGAUGGUCAAGAGAGUGAAGGUUACCUUAACAAAGGUUACGAGGAGGAUGUCCCCAGUGACAGCACGGCUGUCCUCAGCCCAGAGGACAUGUCAGCUCGCGGGUCAGCUGUGCAGUUCCCAAAAGGCUACGAACCAGAUCCCAUCGCAAAGUACGGCACCCUGGACAUCGUGUUUGACUACGACUCAGAGGAGCAACAACUAACCGCGACCAUCAUGGCAGUAACUGAUCUUCCCUCCAUUAAACGGACAGGAAACAUUUCCUGGCAGGUCCAUCUGGUACUGCUGCCUACCAAGAAACAGAGGGCAAAGACGGGUAUCCAGGGAGGCCCCUGUCCCAUCUUCACAGAGACCUUUCAUUUUAGCCACGUGGAGUCAGAGAUGAUCAGCAACUAUGCCAUCCGGUUCCGCCUGUACAGCAUGCGGCGGAUGAAGAAGGAGAAGGUGUUCGGAGAGAAAGUGUUCUACCUCACCAAGCUCAACCUUCAGGGCAAAAUGUCUGUGCCGGUCAUAUUAGACCCAUGCUGUGCUCUCCCGGGCGGUGAAUCCCAGGUCAGUCUCUCAGAUAUGACGUGCAGUGAAAGCGCCUCAUCAUUCCAGUCUGUCAGUCAGACUUCCACUCCAGAGAUCUUGGUGGGCCUGGUGUAUAACGCCACAACCGGCCGCCUCUCGGUGGAGGUCAUCAAAGGCAUCCACUUCAAAAACCUGGCCGCCAACAAGCCACCCAAUGGGCUGUUCUGUUGUCUGAAACACUUGAUAGGUGGACAGGUUUAUAUUAUAAGAGAUACCUACGUUAAGUUGACCCUACUCAACUCCAUGGGUCAUGAAAUGUCCAAGUGCAAGACGUCCAUCUGCAGAGGUCAGCCCAACCCGACCUACAAAGAGACAUUCAUCUUCCAGGUAGCCCUGUUCCAGCUGUCUGACGUCACGCUCAUCCUCUCCGUCUACAACAAGCGCAGCAUGAAGCGUAAGGAGAUGAUUGGCUGGAUCUCUCUGGGCCUGAACAGCUCUGGAGAGGAGGAGCUCACUCAUUGGACCCAGAUGAAAGAGUCCAAAGGACAGCAGGUCUGCCACUGGCACAGUUUGCUGGAGUCGUAACCUUCACGCAGGAUGGAAUAAGUUGCAGUUCAGAUUUAUCCCAGAUGGACAUUAAACAGAGGUUGUCCCUACAGAUCAGAACUGCCUAAUGGCUGUUAGGAAGAAAGAGCUUUGGCUGCUCAGCUUUGUGUUUCGUCUCUUGCUGGUAAAAUUCCUGAGAGCUACAGCUUCAGAUCGAGCUCCACCAGAAAGCCUCCUGGUAAGCCACUGAGAAGGUCCUGAGCAAAAAAUGGGAUUUUGUUGAACAUCCCAUCCUCUCCACUAAAAUAUUCUUGCACUUAUUUUAUCGAGUUUGUUUUCUUGGUAAUGUCCAAAUAUGAACAGAGUCUUAAUCCACUGCUACAGUCCAGGAGAACAUUCUUACUGACUCCCAAAGCUACAUGAAGGCUGAAACCCUAAAGAUGUUCUGUCUUAGACCCCAGUGUUUCCCAAAGUUGGGAUCAGGAAGGUUGGGUUGGACACAUUUGGUUCUGAGUAAUCAAAUUAAUUAUUAGUUUCUAAUACCAUGAUUUCUGAUUAGGAUUAAACCUUCGGCAUACAUGAACAAUGAGAUGGCCUGUUUGCAAAUUUCUAUGCCUCAACCAGCAAUAACUGAUGUUGCAGGUCUCUUCUGCUGAUAUUUUGCAGGUUGCAAGCUGAACAUUUAGGGGACUGUUUCUGUAAAUGUUGGAAGGCCAAGCUACAGACCCAUUCAGUAAAUUAGAUGAUUGUUGAAAAGUUCAUUUAUUUCAGUAGCUGAACUCAUUAAGUGAAUUAUGUAGAUUAACUGUACACUAACAUGCUUGCAAGCCUUUAUUUCUGUUAAUUCAAAUUUUCUGCUACAUUUAAGAUUAGAAUAUUACAUCAGACCAAUGAAAACAGCUUUUUUUUAAUACAGAAAUGUAGGCUUUUUGAAAUGCAUGUUUUAUACCUGCUUUAAUAUUAUUUAAAAAAAACUCUUAAUCUGACAAACAAUCCUCAUCGGAAGAACAUAUUCUAAUUUAUUGAAUAUGACUGUAGAUAGGAGAAACCACUAAAAUGUGCAACUGACUGGGAGGUCUAUUUCAGUAAGUCUUUCCAGAAAUCCAAACCACAGUCUAAUGCAGACCUAGAAAACACACACAGAUCAGUCCACAAGAGGAAUAUAAUAUAAUAAUAUAUAUAAAUAUAUUCAUACUGAGAGGCUAACAAGUUUUUGUUCAGUAGCAAAUUAUGACAUUUGUCAUUUUGUGUAAUGACAAAUGCUUUUAUAAUGAGAUGAUAAUUAAUCGACUGAUUGAUAAAAGCAAACAAAUAUUAUUGAGGAGUGUAUAGAAAAAAACAAUAAUCGAUGACGUUAUGGAUUACAAAUACUAUUACAUUGUAACUACAUGGAAGUAAUAAGAUGUUAAGUGAUUCAUUGUUUGAUAAAAUCAUAUUAAUCAUCUGCUAAUAAUAUGUAAAUACUAAUAUUGUUACUAUGUAACUACCUGUCAGUAACUGUUUAUAUUAGGAUCUUAACAGAUCACAGUAGGUUCCAUUAAUAUAGUGUUCUUACCAUGUUGUUAACAUAUAGUUACAGAGCAAAUCACAGUAAUUAGAGUGAAAUAUAGCAGAGUAGAAGAAGAAUAGAAAUCUUCUUUAUUGUCCCUCAGAUGUUCCAGCAGGAAAGUGGAAGGCAAACUGAAACAAGCAGAUUCACAUAAAGGUAAAAAGAUAAAGAAUAACCGACUGUAACAAAUAUUACACAGCUAUUAAAAAUUGAAUAUCCUGAUUAAAUAAAUGUGCAACUGAGUAGGGGGUAUUGUAAUUAUACACAAAAUAAUAGUAAUAAUAAUAAUAAUGUAUAAUUGUGCAUAAAAAACAGACUGUUUACAAGAUAUGGAAAGUUGCUCAAAUAACAGCAGGGAUGUGAACAAAUCUGUGCGUCACUCUAAUAAUGAAAGAGAGCAACCUUAAUACUACAGGAGGCAGGUUGUGAUAGUACAGUCACAAACAACACAUCUUUUAUGAUGGUGACUUUUUCUGUUAAAACCGAAGGUAUAAAUGUAGCAUUAACCUAAAAAAUAGAUCAUAGUUAAAAGAAAUCAAAAGGUCAUAGGUCAUAAUAACCAGGAACCAUGAAGCAACUGAUUUCAUACAUGGUAAUAUUAACAGAGGUAAGGAAACAGCUGUGGUGGGACAGAAUAAGAAGGAGUCUGUGGACCCGUUCUUGAAGUAUCAUCAAUGACAUGAAGUUUAAACUCUUGUUACUGAUUCAUUGUAAGGUCCUACAACAUGGACAUUUCUUAGGUACUUAUAUUAUAUUACCAACUUAUUACAUGUUAAUCACUUAAGUAUUACCUCUUUGUUACAUCUUAUUCCUGAGCUAUGACAGGAAGUACCACCAAACUAUUGAAUAUUCAGUAAAUUUAGGAUCUAAAGACCAGAUUUUAAUAUACGGGAAAAUGAAUAUGGGGCUAAAUGUGAAGUUACCAACUGAUGACAUCACAGCGCGCCUGCAGAGUUUGUGCAUAAAAGUGGAUGGAAGGGUUCUGGACUGUUGCUUUAUUUUAAAUGACUUUAUGUUCCAAUCUGAACUGCUCUAAAUGCUGAGUGUGCAUUUUGUGCCUAACGUGAAGAAAACACUGUUUGUAAAAAAAUGUUUGCAGGACCAGUGACCUUUACAUGAGCCUUUCACAGUACCAGAUCAUUUUGGAAAACACCAAGUUCAGGACAAACUGUGUGUUGUGAAGAAAUAAAAAUGGACCAGAACGUCCCAGUCAACAGGUGAGGGAGAAACCCACCUUCCACUUGCUCUGGUGCUAUAAAACCAGUUGUGGCUGCACACAGGAGCCUCUGCCUUAUGUUUGGGUGAAAAUGGCCCCACCCUCAGAGCACACACACCUGCAUCCACGAUCACAGGAAGCACAACCACUGCAGCCACGCUAAGCCUCACUGCGGGGGGAUCUCAAGCCAACUAACGAACCAGUUUCCUUCUGCAGAACAUCCGCAGGUUUUCAUUCACUUUACUGUGCCUGUGGUAGUGGUCAACACCCUCUUUGUGCUGUGUUUACAGUGUGUGUGUGUGUGUGAACACUUCCAACUGCAUUAGAACAAAAACAACACCUUUCUUGAUUGUCCAGCCUGUACUUUAUAUCAGUGAAUGUUUCUCAUCUAUUUUGCAUCAAAAACAACUUAACAAGAAUGUGUGAAGAUUGUGAGAAAUCCUGCUAAAUCUUCUGGGUUGCUUCUGCAUUUUAUUCAGCGGGAGCGAGUCGGCUCAGGUUGUAUUAAUGCUUCUUCCUGUAAAAGCAGAGAAGGAUGUGCUGGAGACCAGCAGAGCUCAACUGUAAAGCUUAUUGGCAGUGAAGCACAGACCUGCUGGUUGGAGGUUCAUUGUAACCCAUUUAUAUCAGAUGCUUUCAGUAAAAUAUCAGCUGGAGUCUGAUGGCGUUAGGAGGUUAGCUAAGCUGCAUCUGGAUGAAGGACAAAACUUCUGGAACAUCUUUAAAUAAUGGUGGUGGAGGACUGAUGAUGUGGGCUUGCUCUGCAGCCCAAGGACCUGGGUUCCUUAGAAUCACUGAGUGGACCAUGAACUCUUCUGUCCAACAGCUGAAGCUUGGUUGAAACUGAGUCAUGUAGGCAAUGAAGCAACAUCAGAAAAAUGAUUGGACCCAAAGUCCUCCACAGCGAUGUGAGACUGAUAAAGUCAGACAGAACCCACUGCUGCUGAAUGAGGUUCUACAGGCUGCUGGAUCAUGACAUUAAUCGACACAGUGGUUCUGUUUUGGCUUCUUCUUUCUUUAAGGGAUGAAAACGGUGCUGAAUCUGUUGUGUGAUUUUAUAAAAUGAGUUUAGAAGUUAGUUGAGGUUAUGCUAUGAGUGGGUAUACUUUCUUUUUGGUAACAAUGUAAGAAUCCUGAGAGAAUUUUGUGAUUUGGACAUAAUUUGGUCCUCAUGCGGAUCAGUAAUAACAGGUACCAGUGGUAUCGGAGGCUGUGCGUCCAACAGUCAGUGUAAAUAAGCACAGAGGAUGCCUUGUAGAUGAAUUAGAUGUGGUUCCAGCUCUGGAUGGAGAUUGAUGGAGGUCCCACUCUGGUGGUUUGGUGCAGAUGCCCUGCAUGUGUGGAGAUCUUCAGCUAAUGAAACCAGCUUGGUAUCACUGGGACAGAGCAUCAUAGAGAUUAUUAAUGCCUGACCUCUGACCUCUGGACCUCUUGUCCGGGUUGUGUACUGUUUUUGUCAGUGAGAGUAUUUUUAUUUAAAAGCAUCGAUAUUUUUGUAACCCUCUGUGUUUAAAAGCAGCUCCACCUGCAGGUAGACUCCAAGAUUAAUUAUGGUUCCCAGAAUAAUUUCAGGAAACUUUGUUCUCUUAGCAGGUGGUAUUUUUUUCAGCAAAUGUUGCACAAAAAGAAAUUGGUCCUUGAGGAGAUAACAACAGAUUAAAUGAUGUGAAGGUCCCUCAUAUGUCCAUGAUUCUGUGUUGGGGACCCGUUUAAACUCUGAAGGCCUUGAUUCAUGUUUUCUUCAUCUUUCACAUGGAUGGAGCAGGUUUCUCUGUUUGUACUGUGGCUAACAGUUCACUCUGCUGAUUAGUUUAGAUCAUUUAAAGCUGGUCUUAACUUGUUCUUGUUUCUUUGGGAACUACCUUUGCCUCAGAUGGCAUCGUUGCCUUAAUGUUUUCAACUUCUGUCACUGUGUCUUAACAUGCCUGUAAAUGUACUUUCUCUGGUAAUUAUGGCUGAGUUUAAAAAUGUUUUGAAUUUACAACAGUAAGAAUUUCUAUGUGAUGAUGUUACUGAUUAAAAACGUUAAGAGACAAAA